AUGAGAUUCAGGGUCGCCUGCUCAUCGUUAGUCUACAGAAAGGUUUUGAGACUGAGCAAGCCAGUAUUGGAUCAGACACCAGUAGGCCAGGUGAUCAAUCUUCUGAGUAACGAUGUCAAUCGGUUUGAUCAACUUCCAGUUUACAUAAACUAUCUGUGGAUUUCACCACUUCAGGUAGCAGUGAUUGGAUAUCUCAUCUGGCGCAGUAUUGGGAUCUAUACUUUAGUGGGGUACGGUGUACUCUUACUAAUCACGGUUCCAAUGCAAGGGUACGUUGGAGUAAUGACAGGAAAACUUAGAAACCUUACUGCUAAGUUGACCGAUAGAAGGAUUCAGUUGAUGAAAAAUAAAGCUAACCCGGGGGCUGUAAUUGUCAAGCUGGAUAAAGUUUCAGCGAAUUGGAAGUUCGGGCAAUUGCCUCCAACACUGUGUGAUGUCUCACUGAAGAUCAAGGGAGGAGAACUUUGUACUCUAGUAGGUCCAGUAGGCUCAGGCAAAAGUUCUUUGCUCAAUGUGCUCCUGCAGGAGCUGCCAGUUGGUGCAGGCACAGUUGAACUCUUCCAGUUUUCUGAUGGAGAGACUGCUGAAGCUCAAUCUAAGUCUGGAUUUUCACAAGACAAUCCAGCGAUGAUAAUAUCAUACGCUAGUCAGGACCCCUGGCUUUUCACGGGAAGUGUCAGAGAAAACAUUCUUUUUGGGCAAGAGUACGAUAAAGCACGUUAUCAAGAGGUAGCGAAAGUUUGUUUUCUACUACAAGACUUCAAGCAACUGCCAGAAGGUGAUCUGACAAUUGUCGGAGAACGAGGAGCUUCCCUUUCUGGCGGUCAAAGAGCGAGAAUCAAUCUAGCCAGAGCUAUUUACAGACCUGCUGAUUUGUAUCUUCUGGAUGAUCCGCUGAGUGCUGUUGAUGCGCGUGUAUCUCGACAACUCUUCCAAGACUGUAUCCUUGGAUACCUUAAAGGCAAGACACGAAUCCUCGUCACUCAUCAGCUCAAUUAUCUCAAACAAGCUGAUUCUAUCAUUGAAAUAGAUCGCGGAACUAUCAAACAACAAGGAAGCUAUCAGUUACUCCAGGAUUCAGAAUUCUUGAAGCUACUUGAGAAUGUUAAAAAUGAAACCCAAAGUAUUGAAAAGCCCAAUGGACCUAUCGACGAAAAUGGAAGACCUUUAGAGAGUCAUCAUACCGAAUCAGCUACUGGUUCAGAGAAUACAGUUGCUGAUGAAGUCGUAGGCACAGGAUUUAUCUCCAAAGCCAUUUACUACCGUUAUUUUCGAGAAGGAGGAGGAAUCGCUGGAGUAAUUCUAUUAGCAGCCCUAUUCAUUAUAACUCAAGCCGUAGCAGUUGGCGUCGAUCAGUGGAUGACUUAUUGGACUACUCUAAGAGCCGACCAGCAUUGCAAUAAUAACAGUAGUGUCAGUCAAGACGUAAAUCAUCAAUCUAAUUUUCUAGUUAACGCUACAAAUCCGUUCUUUGAUUCCAAAGGUUUCUUACUCACUGAUAUAUUAGUUUACAUUCAUUUGGCGCUUUUGAUUACUUUCAUCACGUUGUCGAUGUCGAGAUGCUACUACCUUGUGAAGAUUGGAAUGAGAGCGACUCGACGGUUUCAUGAUCUCAUGUUAACCAAUGUUCUUCAAGCAUCUAUGUACUUCUUCAACACAAAUCCUUCUGGUCGUUUAUUAAACAGAUUUUCAAAAGAUGUAGGAGUGAUUGAUGAAGUGCUCAUGCCACUCAUGCUUCAAGCUUCUUUGACAAUCUUUAACGCCGCGGGGACUAUCGUUAAUAUUGUUGUUAUAAAUCCAUGGAUGAUCAUACUCACGGUAGUUGCUGGUUUAGCUUUUUAUUUAAUAACGAUUUGUUAUCUAAUGACAUCUCAAGAUGCAAAACGCUUAGAAGGAAUAACAAAAAGUCCUAUUUAUACACAUGUAGCUUCAACAUUCAAUGGUUUGACAACAAUCCGAAGUCGGGGCGAGAGCGUGCAAUCUAUGCUCCGAAACGAAUUCGAUCGAUACCAAGAUAUCAAUUCUGGUGCUUGGUACUUACUGAUAGGAUCUGGGUCUGCAUAUGGUUUCAGUAUUGAUAUAAUUGCGUGCUUUUUUAUAUUCGUUUUAUGUUUUUCAUUAAUACUUAUUGAUCCAUCUGUAGGACUGGCGAUAUCUCAGUCCUUGACUUUGACUAAUACGUUGCAAUGGGGUAUCAAGCAAUCCAUGGAAGUACAAUCUCAAAUGACAGCUGUUGAGAGAGUCAUUCAGUAUACUGACUUACCAAAAGAAGGUCCUAUAGAAUCAUCAAAACCGUUGACUGAGAACUGGCCAUCCAAAGGCCGAAUUCAGUGGAAGAAUGUUUAUCUCAGUUACAAAAAAGAUGAUCCUGCUGUUUUAAAGAACAUUGACCUGAUGAUCGAGCCGGGCUGGAAAGUUGGAGUUGUCGGAAGAACUGGUGCCGGAAAAUCUUCAUUGAUAUCUGCACUCUUCCGACUAGUCGACGAUGGUCUCCAGGGGCAAAUAAUUAUUGACGGUGUAGACACUAAAACAAUCGGGCUUCAAGAUUUACGAUCAAGCAUAUCAAUAAUUCCACAGGAGCCUGUUUUAUUUUCCGAGAAACUGCGUUACAAUCUCGACCCCUUUGGGAAAUAUACCGAUAAAGAAAUUUGGGACGCUUUGAGGGAAGUUGAAUUGAGUGACUUGGCCCUCGACCAAUGGGUCACCGAAGGCGGAACAAACUUCAGCGUUGGUCAGCGUCAGCUGAUUUGCCUCGCUCGCGCUCUGCUGAGAAACAAUCGGAUCCUAGUUCUCGACGAAGCCACCGCCAAUAUCGACUCUCGGACUGAUGCGUUGAUCCAGCGAGCAAUCCGCUCAAAAUUCGCAGACUGCACAGUUAUAACAAUAGCUCAUCGAUUAAAUACAAUCAUCAAUAGCAACAGGAUUCUAGUAAUGGACAAUGGAUGUGCAGCGGAAUUUGAUACGCCUUACGAAUUGCUGAUAGAAAAACCGGAUAGCAUAUUUGCCAAAAUGGUCAAACAGACCGGGCCAUCCAUGACUGCUAAAAUCAUUUAUGAAGUGACAAAAUUUUAUCAAGAACUUACAUAGCUACGAAAUUGACUAAAGAUUAUAUAACAAACAUUGAAAGUAUACUUCUCACAAAAAUUGAGGGAGCAAGAAAAAAAUCCAAAUUUUUGAGGGUUUUCCAACUGUAACUUGAAGAAAAAUGGUCGUA